AUGCACAACACUCUCACACGCGCCCAGAAUGUGUUCGGCUACUUCACGUCUGUGGCCUUUGCCGUAGCUGCGGCCAUUGCUGUCAGCAUUGUCUUGAGCGCACAGGCGCCGACCGCCUCACUCGAGCUGCAUAACGUGCAGGUCGUGAAGGGACGUCCACACUACUAUAGCACGAAGCGCGAGGAGUUCGCCCAUGUGAAGUUCGAUCUGGAUGCUGACCUAUCGAGUGUAUUCAAUUGGAACACGAAGCAGAUCUUUGUCUACAUCACCGCUUCAUAUCCUUCCUCCAACCCCUCAAGCAUACCCGCUUCCGAGUCCGUCAUCUGGGACGCCAUCAUCCCCGCCUCCAACGCUCCGUGGCACCAGAACACUUACAUUCACCCGCCCAACGCCAACGCCAAGCCAGAGAAGAAGACCAAGAAGCCCGCAAAGAAAGCCGAGACCGGCAAGCGCGAUAACCAGAAAGCAUACCCGGCUGGUGCCAAGCCCGGCGUCAUCAAGCUUGAAAAAGGGAUGCCCAAGUACCAGAUCACUGAUGUGACGGGCAAGAUUGCAGAGCGGCAGAAUGCGACGCUGACACUGCACUGGAACGUGCAGCCGUGGGUUGGGCUGCUGGUGUGGGACAACAGGCGGACUUACGGAAGAUGGCAAGGCCUGAAAGGUGGUGAUGCGAGCUUUGACUUCCCGUCGCUGCAAGGUACGCAGGUCAAGAAGGAAGACUUAAAGACGGCAACGGGUGCCGAGAGGAAUAGAGGCUCGCCUGCUUAG